UUGAUUUCGAAAUUAAUCAAAUAAAUUUGUACCUCGUAAAAUAUGGGAGAUUGUAGGACUAUUUAUUGUGAUUUUUAAAGUGCUCUUAGCUAAUGUGAUACUAAAUAUGUUUUUUUAUUUUAUUUUUGUUAUUUUAGAGAACGCAAUGAAGGAUCCAAGGAUCAGCCGUGCAAUCGGGGUCUGCAAGAAACUGGUCAGCAGUUUCUCCUACAGCUGGAAAAAAAAGAGGGAGCUUCAACUGGUGCAGAAGCAGUUGAAUCUGCCUGAACACUCCCUGAAGACAGAAUGUCCAACCCGAUGGGGGUCCAGGCAGGCCAUGAUUGAGAGGGUCCUUGAGCAGCAGAAGGCCAUUGCUCAGGUCCUUUCCAAUGACAGGAAACUCAGACAUCUCACACUCUCUUGGCAGGACGUGGAUGUUCUAGAAGCUGUUAAUAAGUCGCUAAGCCCUCUGGUUGAGUUCACGGAUGCACUUUCAGGAGAGAGAUAUGUUAGUGUGUCUUUUGUUAAACCAACCCUUCACCUCUUCAACAAUUCGAUCUUAAAAGACCAGGAGGAUGACACACCACUUGCAAAAACAAUCAAACACAACAUACUGACAUAUCUUAAUGACAAAUACAGUGACCGAACAACCCAAGAGCUACUUGAUGUGGCCUCUGCCCUGGACCCAAGAUUCAAGCUAAAGUACGUUGACGAAGACGUCCGUGGAUCCAUUGUUGAUAGACUGAAAGUGGAGAUGAGGGAUGUGAUGAAUGCCAUGGAGAAAGCCCCGCAUGAAACGGCUGCUUUGCCUGCUGAUGCAGAGGAUGCUGGUGCAGGUAAGAAGAGGAAGAAGGACCUGGCCAGCUUCUUCAAGGUCACUGCAGAUAAGGUUGCAGGGCCUCCUCCACAACAGGACCAAGCCAUUGCUUCAGAGAUCCAGUCCUAUUUCCACACUGAGACACUAGAUCCUGAGGAGGACCCUCUGACAUGGUGGAGAGAUGCCAAAAGGAUGUACCCACGUCUUUCACAUUUGGCCAGGAAAUACUUGUGUAUUCCUGCCACAAGUUCCUCUUCAGAGCGAGUAUUUAGCACAAGCGGAAAUAUUGUUACCUGCUUGCGCUCAUCUCUGAAACCUGAUCAUGUUAACAGGCUGGUAUUUCUGGCAAAAAACCUUUAAGUAACCCCACAGAUGAGCUACACACAGGAGCACACACACAAGCACAUACACAGGAGCGCACACGCACAGAUAAUUGUUUCUAUGUCAUAAUUGAUUGUGUAAAUAUAUGUAUUUUAUUCAUGAAAUGUUUUAUCAAAAUGUUAUAUUCAGAAUGUUGUGUCAGUGCACUUAAACACAAAGAAAGUUAAUUUUGGAUACUUAUACGUGUUUCUGUGUGAUAUUUGA